GAGCCUCCUGAAAAACUCUGGACCCGCCGCUGCGCCCCACUCGCCGCUGCAGCCUCUGCCCGGAGUUUGCCACUCCCCAGUCCGCUUGUACGCUCCCCACAGCCACCACUACCCUUCAGAAUGGCCAACAGGGGACCUGCCUAUGGCCUGAGCCGGGAGGUGCAGCAGAAGAUUGAGAAGCAGUAUGACACAGACCUGGAGCAGAUCCUGAUCCAGUGGAUCACCUCCCAGUGCCGCAAGGAUGUGAGCCGGCCUCAGCCUGGCCGGGAAAACUUCCAGAACUGGCUCAAGGAUGGCACGGUGCUUUGUGAGCUCAUUAAUGGACUGUACCCCGAGGGCCAGGCCCCAGUAAAGAAGAUCCAGGCCUCCAGCACGGCCUUCAAGCAGAUGGAGCAGAUCUCUCAGUUUCUGCAAGCAGCCGAGUCCUAUGGCAUCAACACCACUGACAUCUUCCAGACUGUGGACCUCUGGGAAGGGAAGAACUUGGCCUGUGUACAGCGGACACUGAUGAACCUGGGUGGGCUGGCAGUAGCCCGGAAUGAUGGACUCUUUUCUGGUGAUCCCAACUGGUUUCCUAAGAAAUCAAAGGAGAACCCUCGGAACUUCUCAGACAACCAGCUGCAAGAGGAUGAAGACACGGUGAAAGAAAGGGCAAGUAACUUGCUCAAGGCCACACAGGGAGUAGGUGCAGGAGCAGAGAUUCGGGCUCAGAUCUACCAGGCUGUGAGCCCGGCUAAACCUGUGCUCUUCCAGGCUCAGCAAAAAAUAGAGCUGUAG